GCCUGCUGCGGCAGCUGCGUCCCAGCGACGUGGAAGUGGAGCUGCUGGCGCACACGCGGGAUGUGGUCAGCCGGGAUCUGCCGGCGGAGACGGGGCUGCACACGGGCUGGGUGCAGAACGGGGGGCUCUUCAUCGCCUCCAACAAGCAGCGCCUCGACGAGUACAAGAGGCUCAUGUCGCUGGGGAAGGUGUAUGGAGUGGAGUCCUACGUCCUGACCCCAUCGCAGACCAAGGACCUGUACCCGCUGAUGAACAUCAAGGACCUGUAUGGAACGCUGUAUGUCCCCAAGGACGGCACCAUGGAUCCGGCCGGUACCUGCUCGACUCUCGCCAGAGCAGCAGCUGCCAGAGGCGCAACGAUCAUCGAGAACUGCCCGGUCACCGGCAUCCAGGUCAGAGCUGACGAUUUUGGGGUGAAGAGGGUGUACGCGGUGGAGACGGCCCAUGGCACCAUCCAGACUCCCUGCGUGGUGAACUGCGCGGGGGUCUGGGCACCAGCGCUGGGCCGGCUGGCGGGGGUGCACGUGCCGCUGGUGGGGAUGCAUCACGCCUACGUGGUGACUGAGCGCAUCGAGGGCAUUCAGAACAUGCCGAACGUUCGCGAUCACGACGCCUCGGUGUAUCUCCGUCUCCAAGGCGAUGCCCUGUCUGUGGGUGGAUAUGAGUCAAACCCCAUCUUCUGGGAGGAGGUAUCAGAAAAAUUUGCUUUUGGCCUCUUUGACCUGGACUGGGAUGUUUUCAUGCAACACAUUGAAGGUGCCAUCAACAGAGUUCCAGUGCUGGAGAAAACUGGCAUUAAAUCCACUGUCUGUGGGCCAGAGUCGUUCACAGCCGACCACAAGCCGCUCAUGGGGGAAGCCCCAGAAGUCCGAGGGUUCUUCCUUGGCUGUGGCUUCAACAGUGCUGGGAUGAUGCUGGGAGGUGGCUGCGGGCGGGAGCUGGCUCACUGGAUCAUCCACGGGCGGCCAGAGAAGGACAUGUACAGCUACGACAUCAGGAGGUUUCACCGCUCCCUCACCAACAACCACCGCUGGAUCCGGGAACGGAGCCACGAGUCCUAUGCCAAGAACUACUCUGUUGUCUUCCCCCACGACGAGCCGCUGGCGGGGCGCAACGUGAGGAAGGACCCACUGCAUGAGGAGCUGCUGCGACAAGGUUGCGUUUUCCAGGAGCGGCAUGGCUGGGAGAGGCCUGGCUGGUUCAGCCCCGGCGCAGCAGCCCCGGUCCUGGAUUACGACUACUAUGGUGCAUAUGGCCAGGAGCGCCACAGGGACUACGCCUACAACCGGCUGCUGGGGGAUGAGUACACCUUCGACUUCCCCCCCCACCAUGACAUUAUCAAGACCGAAUGCUUAACGUGCAGAAACGCCCUGGCACUCUUCAACAUGUCUUACUUUGGGAAAUUCUACCUCGUUGGUCCUGAAGCAACAAAAGCGGCAAACUGGCUGUUCACUGCUGAUGUGAGCAAAGCACCAGGCUCCACCGUGUACACCUGCAUGCUGAACCAGAGGGGUGGUGUGGAGAGUGACCUGACCGUCAGCCGCAUCAGCCCCGGGGCCCCAGCCUCCCCCCUGGCCCCCGCCUUCGAAGGGGACGGCUACUACCUGGCUAUUGGUGGGGCUGUGGCUCAGCACAACUGGUCCCACAUCACUGCUGCGCUGCAGGACAUGAAGCUCCAGUGCAAGCUCCUCGACUGCUCAGAGGAGCUGGGCAUGAUGAGCAUCCAGGGCCCCCUGAGCCGUGUUGUCCUCCAGGAAGUGCUGGACACCGACCUCAGCAACGAGGCUUUUCCCUUCUCCACGCACAAGCUCGUCAUGGCCGCAGGGUGCACGGGAGAGGCUGUAGACGCAUGCUUGCUCUCUGCAGGGUACAGGCACUGGCACGCAGACCUGCGCCCCGAUGAUACCCCACUAGAAGCAGGUUUAGCCUUCACCUGCAAGCUCAAGUCCAGCAUCCCCUUCCUGGGCCGGGAGGCUGUGGAGGCUCAGAAAGCCAACGGCGUCUUCCGCCGGAAGGUGCCGAUGUUCGGCCUGGAGGCAGUCUGGCGGGAUGGGGAGGUGGUUGGCCACAUCCGUCGGGCAGACUUUGGAUUUGCCAUUGACAAAACCAUUGCCUAUGGCUACAUCCGUGACCCAGCGGGGGGCCCGGUCUCGCUGGAUUUCGUGCGGAGCGGCAGCUACAAGCUGGAGCGGAUGGGGGUGCCCUACCCUGCACAGGCACACACCAGGUCCCCGUUUGACCCGGACAACCAGCGCGUGAAGGGCUUCUACUGA